GUGACAGAGGAAAGAGGAAGUUGUGUGCAGUUGAAAGGCUUCCUCCCCUGUGCAGGGUUGCAGAACAGCAGCAGCGGCGCGGAGGAAAGAACGAGAGACGCAGACGACACGAGAGACGCUCGCUGGACAUCCUGAAGAAGCAGGAAGACCUCAAAGGUCAAAGCAGAGAGAGGCACUCCACUGAUGAACUCCCCUUCAGACGCAGGACACUUAGUGAGCAGUUCAUCACUUCUGCAUUGAGUUUAGAUCGAGUCUGUUGGACGGUUAGUGCUGGGUUUGUAGAUCAUGGAUGCGUCAGGAGGGUUUUAGGUCUCUAUCGCUGCUGAUCUGAGGAGAGUUGGCUGGAGAUGGAGCUGUGGAGACAGUGUGCCGGAUGGCUGAUCCAGUGCCGAGUGCUUCCUGAGAACCACAGAGUCACCUGGGACAGCGCACAGGUGUGUGAUCUGGCCCAUGCGCUCAGAGAUGGAGUGUUACUCUGUCAGCUGCUCAAUAACCUGCUGCCUCAGUCUGUCAACCUGCGCCAGAUUAACCUACGACCCCAGAUGUCUCAGUUCUUGUGUCUGAAGAACAUCAGGACGUUCCUGUGUGCCUGUCAGGAGAAAUUUGGCAUGAGGAAGAACGAGCUUUUCGAGGCCUUCGAGCUGUUUGACGUCAGGGACUUCGCGAAGGUGAUCGACACACUGUCCAUCCUGUCCCAAACACCACUGGCCCUGCAGAGCGGAUUCCGGCCGUUUCCAGAUGAAGCGUGUGUCGGAGAUGACGACAUCUACACCGGCCUCUCGGACCAGAUCGAUGACACGGUGGAGGAAGAUGAUGAUCUUUACGACUGUGUGGAGGAAGACGAGAAUGAGGGAGAUGAUAUUUAUGAAGAUCUGAUGAGGACGGAGGAACCAGAAAUACAGCAGAAGGUUGAAGUGGACAAGAGGAGCUGCUGUCUUCAGGAGAUCAGACAGACAGAGGAGAAAUACACCAACACACUGGAAUCAAUACUUCAGCACUUUCUGAAACCACUGCAGCCUUUCCUUCAGCCCGAGGACAUCGAGAGCAUCUUCAUCAAUAUUCAAGAUCUGGCCGAGACUCAUCGCUCUCUGCUUCACGAGGUGCAGGAGUCUAUCCUGCGUUUACGAGCCGAGAAUCUCUUUCAGAUCUUCAUCGACUACAAGGAGAGGCUGUUGCUGUAUGGACGUUACUGCAGUCAGGUGGAAGGAGCCACCAAACAUCUGGACAAGAUCACCAGCACGCAUGAAGAUGUGAAGAUGAAACUGGAGGAGUGUUCGAUGCGAGCCAACAGCGGCAGGUUUUCACUGCGAGAUCUGCUGAUGGUUCCCAUGCAGAGAGUCCUGAAGUACCAUCUGCUGCUGCAGGAGCUCAUGAAACACACUGUGGACCAACAAGAUAAGGAAAACUUGCGCACUGCACUGGAUGCCAUGAGGGAUCUGGCUCAGUGUGUGAACGAGGUGAAGAGAGACAAUGAGAUCAUCCGUCAGAUCACGACGUUUCAGCUGUGCAUCGAGAACAUGACUCAGUCUCUGGCGUUAUACGGACGACCCAAAAUAGACGGAGAAUUCAAGAUCUGCAGUCCUGAGAAGAAAUCCAAACAGGACCGGUAUGGCUUCCUCUUCGAUAAGGCUCUGUUAGUGUGUAAGAAGCGCAGCGGAGAGAAUCUGGAGCUGAAGGAGCUGAUUGAGCUUCAGCAUUACCAGCUGAGAGACGAGCCUUCAGGAGAGAAGGACAGCAAGAAGUGGACGCACACCUUCCUGCUGAUGGAUCUGUACGGUCAGGGUGGAUACGAUCUCUACUUUAAGACGCGAGAGCUGAAGAAGAAGUGGCUGGAGCAGUUUGAGAUGGCGCUGUCCAACAUGUGUCCGGAGAACGGCACGGCGAACGGCCAUGACUUCCAGAUGCACUGUUUUGAGGACACCACCUCGUGUAAAGCCUGUCAGAUGCUCCUCAGGGGGAUCUUCUAUCAGGGCUACCGCUGCUCACGCUGUAAGAUGGCCGCUCAUAAAGAGUGUCUGGGUCGAGUUCCUGCAUGCGGACGAAACUCUGAGCUGUCAGGAACGCUCAAGAAGAAUAAAACGAUGAGGUUGGCAUCUCAAAGACAAGCCAAACCAGGUCUGCCGAAGAUGGAGGUGUGUGUGGAUUAUUACGGUCUCCCUCCGCCGCCGCUGGCGUUCGGUCAGCCGCUGCCACUCUCUGUGGGGGAUGUGGUGGAGCUGACGCGGGCAGAAGUCGACCUGCAGUGGUGGGAGGGCAGGAAUCUGACCAUCGGAGAGGUCGGCUGGUUUCCCUGCAGUAAAGUCCAGCCGUUUGUGCCGGCGCCUUCUCCAGAUUUAUCAGGACUGCCCUGGUUCGCUGGUAACAUGGACCGGACCGGUGCUAAAACUCUCCUGACGUCUCGCUCCGAUGGGACGUUUCUGGUGCGACAGAAAGACGCCGGAGAAUUCGCCCUCAGUCUCAAGUUCAACAUGGACACCAGACACAUUAAGGUCACGUACUCAGAGGGACUCUACAGGAUCAACGAGAAGAAAGCCUUCAAGGGACUGUUU